AUGCCAGGUGCCACGGGGGGAGUGCCCGCACCACCGAGGGCUCCGCAGCAGCAUCCGGACGGCACUUCCCCAUCCCCAGUCAGGCUACACAGGAAACAGAUACCCAAGGAUGUGGCCAACAUUUUUAAUGCCCCCAGUGGCAAUGAAGAUUUUCCAGGGUUCCAAGAUGAUGCUUCCAGACAGAACUUGUUGUCAGAGAACAGCUAUGCUAGUUUUGAUUCCCUGGAGUCUGGAAAAAAGGGAGGCCGAUUUCAGUCCAGAUACCUCACUGAAGAACUGCGGAGGAUUUUCACUGAAGACACAGACUCUGAAACAGAAGCAUUUGAAGGCUUUACUUCAAAUGAGGUGCAUGUGAACAAGAAAGAAGUUCUGACGGUGGAGUCAGACCUGAGUGAUGAAGAAUGCCCUAAUUUAUUGGGUAAUGAGGAAGAAAAGGAGGAAGUUUCCCCCAAGAGAAGAAGCUUCGGCCUUCGUGUUGCUUUGCAGUUUCCCACCAGAAAGUCAUCUGAGAAAAAAGUGCCUGAACAGUCUUUGUCUGACUUACCUGUAAAGGACAGUGAAUCCCUCACACCUCUUUCAAGAGAAAUAAACUGCAAGUGGUCGGACAAACUAGAGGGCUCUGCUUCAGAGUCUGAAGAAGACAUUAAAGAAACACAGGAGGAAAGUUCCAGUGCAAUGAUUAAGAGAGCCAUAAAUAUAAAAGAAAAUAAAGCCAUGCUUGCCCAGCUGCUGGCAGAAUUGAAUUCCAUACCAGACCUGUUCCCAGUGAAAACGCCCACCUCAACUCCUUCGAAACAGAAGAAAACCCCAAGGAGGACAUUUUCUGAAGGCCAGAUAGCACGUCGAAUGAACCCAACCAGAAAUGCUCGUCCACCAGAAAAAUUUGCCUUGGAAAAAUUUACUGUGUCGGCUGUCAAAUUUGCAGAACAUAUCCGUAGCUAUAGGCAACAAAACCUCUUGAAGAGACUCAGUGUGGGGGAUUGUGGAGUGCGCAAAAGAAGGAGAUCAUCAAAGUACUCGUCUCAUCGUCCAGUAGAAGAUAUUACUGAAGAGGACUUGGACAACAUUGCAGUCACUGUUAGAGACAAAAUCUAUGACAAAGUUCUAGGUAGUACUUGCCACCAGUGUCGACAAAAGACAACAGAUACAAAGACAAUCUGUCGCAACCAGGGCUGUGGAGGAGUAAGAGGGCAGUUUUGUGGACCAUGUCUUCGAAAUCGAUAUGGUGAAGAUGUGAAAUCAGCUCUGCUUGACCCAGCCUGGAUCUGUCCUCCUUGUCGUGGGGUGUGCAACUGCAGCUACUGCCGCCGGCGGGACGGGCGCUGUGCCACCGGCAUGCUCAUCCACCUGGCCAAGUUCUAUGGCUACAACAAUGUCAAGGAGUACCUGGAAAGUUUACAAAAACAACUGGCGGAUGACAAUUGACAACACUGAACUCAAGCUGUGCCUGCAACUGGUUAAUAUGUUGAAAAAUUUUGACUUCAAAAGUUUAUUACUCUGUUUUAUAUAAGAUAGAAUUGUUGUGUAUAGUACAUUCAUUUCUGUGUUGGGGACUUUUUGAUUGAUAUGGUCUUAUGCAAAAGAUCUCUCAGGAAAAUGUUUUGGUAGAGAAAUCUACAUGCACAGACCUAUAGGUUAAGUGAAAUGGCACUCUUGAACCUUGAGUGGUUAAUUUUUAAUAGAGCUACCCAAGCAUGUGAUAGAGAACUUGAUCAGUUUGAGCAAUAUUUUUAUUUAUAUAAUUGUGCAAGUUUGCAGAAAGGAUGUUUAACGACUACCUUCAAAGCAUCCGUAUCUUUAAAGAAACAAAACACCCUUGUCUACCAACUUGACCUUAAAGGUUCAGUUUUCCAACCCUUGCUUUCUGAACCUAUUCAUCCACCUGUAGUUUAUGGAACUUGUCCCUGCAAAGAAAGAAAGUGUACUUUCAUUUGAUGCCAUUAAAAUUCCAACCAAAGCUGAUGCAAUCGACCAGUGGGGGGAUGAUUGUUUUUUUUAUUUUAUUUCAAAGUGCAAUUAUUCACCGAAACAUGAAACUAGAAGAGUGUUUCUUUAAAAAUAUAAAAUAAAAUUUUAAAAAUUUUAAACAUCAUCCCAGUAAAACCAGCAGUUUUUGUGUAGUGCACCUGCUACCUGAACCGUCUAUCCAGCGGUUAUAACUGGUCUAAAUCAGAGUUCAGGAUUAAUUUUUUUUUUUGCUUACAGUUCAUACUUAGAGGUUUUUUUUAUUUGUACAACCAGGCUUUCGAACAACUUUGUUUAAAUGCAACAUGCUUGUAUUGCAUGUUAAAAUAUGUUAAAAUUCUUGUAAGAUACAUGUUUCAUUUUAUGUAGAGAGAAUAAAGACUAAUCUAAAGAGGAGUAUUUUGUGAGUCAAACUACACCCAGAUGCUGAUGUUUCCCAUUUACUUUCCCAUAGCUGGUGUAAUGGUGCUUGCAGAUCAAUAAUCAUUAUGUGAAGAAACACAUGAACACAACACUGAUGGAUGAGGAAAUAACAACAUAGAGCACAUAAGUGUUACACUAAGGAUUGUGUUUUUGUGAGGCAAAUCUCCUGCUCCAGCUGACUUUGAAAAAUGUUUAUCUUCUUUUACUUUAACUACAAGGCAGAUUGAGAAAGCAGCAUGUAUUAGUGAAAGGUUAGUACUAAACUGCCAAGAGUAAAGCUAUUCCUGCCAGAACCCAUUACCUGACUUCUUGCUUUUCGGAUUGAAAGUCCAAACAUAAGUUGGCCCUCUGCUUUUGGUUUUAUAAACUGGACAUUCAUAACCAUUAUUAGUUUCCCUUUGAUCCACUGGCAUUGCCCUUAAAAAAAUGAUUGGCAUUGCUAAGUCAAUUCCUUGAGGUGCGCUUCAGGAAUCAGCCCCAGCUAGAUGUCCAACCUGGUGCCUGCAAUAUACAGCACGCGGUUUACAUGGUGUUCUGUAGUGCAAGGCUGGAAUAAUUUGGGUUUUAACAGUGGCUAAACAGAUAAAGCUACAUUUGAACAUACAGAUUUAGUGCGGACUGUUGUUGUCCAGUUGCGCAUCAUCUCUUUGUAUGAAUGCAGAGAUCAGUACGUAGCAUCUGCCUGGACUGGGCUUGUGGUUUCAUCAACAUGCCCUCUUAUUGAAAGCAGGGACUGGAAACUAUUUUCAGUUGGGACUUAAAAUAUGAAUGUUCCUGCCAAAGUCAAAUUCUCAGAUUUUCCCCUAAUCCUCCACUAGUUUAUGGUGAAUUCUCCACCAAAGGGUGGAGAACUACGCUGGAGCACUUAGCAUGUAUUUGUACUGUGAGAUAUCAAACGGGUACUUUGGUGUAGUUAAGACAGAUGAGUUCUGUGCUGCUGAAGGGCCAUGCACUUUCUGAAAGCUGCUGGAUUUAAGUUUGUUGUGUGUUCUUCUAACAUAAACUAGCAUAUACAAUGUUGCAUAUGCUUGUUGUAGAUUUUAGGAGGAUUUAUGUGACUGGAAACUAUAUAUGCAAAUACCAUCACAAACACAAACUUCAGUCACAAGGUUCCAUGAUACUUCCCUCAUAUCCAGAGGAGGAAUAUACAGUAUUACCCUUGGAUUGACAAAUGCUUUAAAAAAAAUCCUCUGAAAAAUUCAUGUCACCAUUUCAAAAAGCAACAGUCAAAUGACAUCUUUGUCAUUGCUCCACUCUACCACCCUGACUUUCCCCUUGGGGCUUCUGUAGUAGCAACUCCCUUCCAAAAGGGAGUUGCUUUCCUUUUAUUAUAUAUGGGUCUGGUGAAGAGUACAAGUAACAAUGAUGUUUCUUUAAUUGCCCUGGGAGUCAUUCACCUUUCUUCUAAUGAACUUAGUUUACAGCUUUUCAAAGUUAAAACUAAAAUCUCAUUUUGAUGACGGGCCUGAAUUGGCAUUCCUAAAUGAGAUGCUUCAGUCUCAGGAAAA